GCCUUUAUUACUGUGUACUGUGUACAUGGCAGAUUCGAUAAUCCGCCCAAUACAGUACCUAGGCUUCAGCCCCAGUCACAGCCGCAGGGCGUAAUCGGGGGUAAAUGCCAGCAGGGACAAGGUCCCUUUGCUUCGGAUCCUUCACUUUGCGCUUACCACCAUGUCCUGGUUAGUUUGGCGAUCUUGCUGACGGAUUCUUUGGCCACCCUUGGACUCGCGCCUAUCUUUAUGAUGGUGACGGCCCCAGAUUAUGCUGCCUCAUCCCAAAAUCUGGCUUCACCCGUGACACUUGCUGGUUUUCCGUUGCCGUCGCACUUCGAACCCUCCUUCGAUAACCCGUGGAAAACAGCAACGGAUGCAGGUUAUAAUCGAAUGACAUGGCGCAGCCUUCGUGGAACGCAGAGACAGAAUACUACGCUGGAUCAGAGCCCAAAAUGACCGACCAGACAACGCCACCACACUCUACGCUACCGGAAGCCGUUCCCCCAACCCCGGUGGAAGACCGAGUCCCCAAGUACUAUCAUCAACCAGCAGACGACACUCCCAAAUACGCCCCUGCCCACGCAGCCGCAGCCCCUAUCCCAACCAGACAAAACCGCUUCCUGAGCUGGCCCUUCCUGCUCCUCUCCGCACUCCUAAUCGCAGUCCUCUCCGGCCUAAUAGGCGGUUUCAUCGGCAAAGCAAUAACAGAAAGCAAGCAAGACUCCAACCCGUCCGCACACAUCUCCUCCUCCGCUCCCUCAAACACCUGUCCUACCAACACCACUUCCCCUCCCACGUCGAAUAAUACCACCACCACCACCAUGCCCCUCCCCAUAACCGACUGCCCCGCCGGCAACGGCAACCUCUUCCAAUCCAACCUGACCAAAGUCUCCUACCGCAAGUACUGCAACGUCGACUGGCCCGGGGCCGACAUGAUCGGCUUCCUCGCCCUCUCCCUCUCCGACUGCAUCGAAGCGUGCGACACGUGGAACGACAAUCGCGCCCGGGGCACGCAGAUGUGCUCCGGCGACGGCGACGGCCAGGCCAACUCGAGGGAAUGCGUAGGCGCGGUCUUCGCACCGUAUUGGGCGGUGAAUCGGACGGCGGCGGUCGAGGCGGUGGGGAAGGCGGCGAAUUGUUACUUGAAGAAUCGGAUUCAGGGGUAUCCGGCGAAUUCGAGGGAGAAGGAUGGGGUCGAGAUUGUGGGGUUGUGCUUGGAGGGGAAGUGUCCGAGGGAUUGAUGGGAAUGGGGGUGGUGGGGAUUGUAUGAAGUGUGUGUUUGCUAGGGUGUAUGUGUAGUUAUGUGUUAUUUCUAUUUCAUACCCAUCAAGACUGCCUGGAGACUUCGUGGAGGCCGGGCGGGAAUCAUCAGUUUUCCACAUGAGCGGAUUUCCCGGCUUCUCACUUCUCUUGGACAUAUAUAGGCUCUCAUUGAAUAAUAUCAUUCAGACUAGACCUGCU